AUGUGUACCUUUGCUAUCCCUACCACUGGAGUCGCAGUUCUGGAUACGAGCACUCGAGACCCCGUAUAUGACGCCAUUGCGGCCAUCCGACCGGUCAAAGUACUCGUGGUUUAUGAUCGACGACUGGAUCGGUCCCCGAUCGGUGUGAUCCCUGACGAGGACAACCAAAAGAUGAUGCCUUUGACGGAGAGGGCCUUGGUUGACGCGGAUGCGUCAGGACUAUGGACAGUGGCAGUUGACCUGAACUUGCCAUCCGAGGUUCCGGAUGUCACCGUCGUCGAUGUCGGUGUUCCGGCCGUAGAUCGGGAAAAAGGUACAGGACGAUGCAUGGAAUUGCAGUAUUGCACGCCCCGUCAUGACUGGAAAAUCAAAUUGGCGGAGGCGUCCCACAAAGCUUGA